UAAUACGGUUUUACCGCCACUUGUCAAUGAGAUUCGUGUAUUGGAUUUACAUCACAAUCAUAUCGAGCGUAUCGAUAGCAACACAUUCAUGGGUUUACCAAACAUACGGGAACUGGAUGUGUCACAAAAUAACAUACGAUACUUCGCUGAUAAUAGCUUAAACUUUGUGGCCACCAAUGCGAGCAAAGUGAUCAGGCUUAACCGAUUGAAAACUCCUAACCAAUUCAUAUCACCUAUAUACAACGCUAAAUCAUGGUGUCACCCCUACUGUCCCAAUAGCGACAUACAUCUCAGCGAUAAUUGUUUGCCCAAACAUGUGGGCCAACCAAUGGCUAUACAUUUCGAGAGCAAUGUUAUCAAUAGUACUAAUUUGGAGACUAUUUUGAUGCCAUUCCUCUCACAAAGCGGUCAUAAAAUGAUUUUCACGGAAACCCUAUUUGACUGUCGAUGCGAUGACAUAUGGAUGCGAGAGAGACCGCAAAGCGGUGCCAUAUUUGGUGUCAAAUGUAAUGAUAAUAAUAAGCGAAUGUACUAUCGACUCAUACGCAAUUUU